ACUCGUGUAGUAUAGUGUAUAUACUCAUCACCACAGGAACGCUUGUGCACUCGCGCAUCCUCGUGCUGCUCUGUUUUAGAUCGGUUUGUUUUCGGAUUACUUUGUUCGGUUAUUUAAAAGCGGAAAACAAUGAAGGAAAGAAGAAACGCGCAGCCACUGGUGGUCAGAUGCAAACUGGUGCUGGUUGGGGAUGUUCAAUGCGGGAAGACUGCGAUGUUACAGGUUUUGGCGAAAGAUUGUUAUCCGGAGACGUAUGUGCCCACAGUGUUUGAGAACUACACAGCCUGUCUGGAGCUCGAUGACCAGCGUGUUGAAUUGAGUUUAUGGGACACAUCAGGAUCUCCAUACUAUGAUAAUGUGAGACCUCUCUGCUACAGUGACUCUGACGCAGUGCUCCUCUGUUUUGAUAUCAGCCGUCCAGAUAUCUUCGACAGUGGACUAAAGAAGUGGAGGGCUGAGAUCAUCGACUUUUGUCCCAGUACUCGUAUUCUUCUUGUUGGGUGCAAGACAGACCUUCGGACAGAUGUCUGCACACUGAUGGAGCUAUCCAAUCAGAAACAAACCCCCAUCACUCAUGAGCAGGGCUCUGCCAUGGCCAAACAGUUGGGUGCCGAGGCUUAUCUGGAGUGUUCGGCCUUCACCUCUGAGAAGAGCAUCCACAGCGUGUUUCGCACCUCUGCGCUGGCCUGCAUCAACAAACUACAACCCCUGGCCAAACCCAGCCCCACUCGCCGGCUGUCCAAACGCCUGCUCCACCUGCCCAGCAAAUCCGAGCUCCUCUCCUCCACCUUCAAGAAGGAGAAGGCCAAAAGUUGCUCUGUAAUGUGAGUGAAGACCUUCACGCCCCCCUCCGUAACAAAAGCUGCACCUUUCCCUGCGCUUUGGUCUGGGGAAGGGGGGUGGGUUCGAUUGCCACAUCACUUACAUGUGGAAUCCAUCCUCACCCCCCCCGUAAAAAAAAUACAAAACAAAAAAACACCUUCCAGAACAAGUGGACACUUCGCUGUCCUCCUUGUCCUGAGCUCUUCAACAGUGCAUAUGUAUUUUCAGUAACGUAUCUUGCCCUUUCAAAAUGAAAUCCGAUCAUCAGCCGUCAUCUAUUCACUCCUUAUCAAAAUUCGCAGUCGUUGUGCCAGUUUGGAAUGAUUCGAAUUUGAAAACGGGUGUUUAAAAAUGUUUAACGUAAGCUAUUUGAUGUAUAAAUAUGAGAUCUCUAAUGUAAGCUUUAAAAAAUACCCACACGCACACACACAGACCUACUGUAUGCACUAAGGACUAAAUCUGAGGGCGCGGAUCCAAAGGAAUUGUGAAGCAGGGGCCGUCCCAGGUCAUGUAGAGGAGAAGACGGCCCAUUUGGCAAUGACACGCUGGUUAAAUUGGCCUAAAAUCUGAUUCGUUUAUUUACGUGAAAGCUGCCUGAAUGCUAAGAUGGGGCCAAAAAAAAUAUUUGUAAAGACAAUUUCCGAUGCUACCAAAGUCAAUUUUCCCUUAUUUUCUCUACAAGAAUACUGUCUGAUUUAUUCACGCUUCUAUUUUUAGAAGCAAUAGCGAUCUGAGAGAUAGGAUGGGUGUGACUGGGGAACAUAUUACAGUGAUUAUCUGUAUCUUGACGUCUCCUGCAGCUCUGUAGUGUAGCAACCAUGAAUUUUAAGAAGUGAUCCCUUUGCUAGUAUUGCGAAUUCGGCAUGAUACAUCUUUUGUUCAUGCAAAUGACCUCCGGAGGGAUGUUGUAGCACUAUUGUUGAUUUUCUUUUUCUGAAUGGAUUACAAAUGUAAGGCCGUGUUUUAAAUCACCUGGUUUGGGAUGUUUGGGAAGGGAUUACGUUUAGUUUGUCACAUGUAGCUUUCUGUCAGUCUCCCGUUUCACUGCCUCCAUGCUCAUUACAGCGGUAGCAACAAAAAUCUAUCAUCCAUUGUGUUUCUAAACUUGAUUAUCAAUGGGAAAAUAAAAUGGUUUCCUUGUGCAAAUCUUGCUUUCAACCACGAAGCAAUAACUUAAGUGCUUCUAAUGCAAAGUGUGUACAGUGGCAAUAAUUAGAACAAAAAAGGCUAUUAUAAAUUCACGCUACUGCUUUGUGGACAUGCGCAUAUUUAUGUGAAUAAACAUCAGUGCUGCUGUACAAACAAGCUGAUAUAUUGUGACUCUGUUUAGCCUUUGUUAAGGUAAUUAGAUGAAAACAUGACCACUGGAGUGCAAUUUCUUUUCCUCAUUUUCAGUCAAAUGUGAAUAUUCAGUUCAUGAGCAUAUGGAGGUUAAUGCGCGAGUAGCAGAUGGACUGGAAGGAGAUUCAGAUCAGACUGGAGUGUUUUAAUAUGUGGCUCAGCUGACCUGAUAAGAGCUUGAUGUUUGGGAAUCUGCGAGGCCAAAAACUGGAGAUGGAAACAGACUUUUGGAAUAAAAGCAAACAGGCUGGUCCUGUUUAAUGAAAGCUAUUUUUCCAUUUUUUAAAAAAGCUAUUGUUUAAAUAGUUGUUUUUUCUGUAAACUUGAAUCAAUAUUUUUAUCAUCAGUUGCGGAAGGGCUGGUUAUAAGCUCUGCCACUGUGAUCACACACCAAAUUCCUUUUUUUUUAUUUUGCAUUGUCUAGUGACUUCGUAAAUAAACUGAAAAUGAAUUUUGGGUGCUUAGGGAGUGUGAACAGUUUGUGUGGUCAAACUCUGUAGCUGCCAGUUCUGGGCCAUGCGAGCGUCCCAGAUGAUGAUGGACAUUCAGUCAUUAUGCUGCCAUUGCACACUGUUGUUUACGAAUACACUUCAAGCAUGUCCUCGAAUUCUUCAGUUGUACAUAUCUUGUUUUGUAUAAUCUUUGUAAGACAUUUAAAGAAUGUCCAUGAGAUUAAAUACUUGUUCAUGUUGUGGAUUGACAAAGAUGUGCUUGAUGUAAAGUUGCUUAGUCCUAUUUAUUUGGAUUUAUUGUUUGAGGUAACUAUGCUUCUGUUGUGUUUUACAUGCAAUUUGGUUUCAGAAUGUUAUUUUUGAAAUGUUGACUUCUCCCUUUGUCUUUCCAGUAAUAAAGCUUGCCUUUGUGUGGCACACACGA